GACGCUGAGCAACAGCGCGUCGGAUAAAAAGUUGUGCUGAUCCGUUUGAUGGAAUCAAAACAGAGGCUCAGAGAAAGGAACACUCGUUUAAAUGAUUAUUCUGCUACUGUAUAACCAAAAAAUUGGAAUUGUUGGACGGGGAGACAUUGUAACUAACGCGGGAGGCUUAACUUAAUAUGAAACUAAAAGCAUUUUUUCCUUCAAUUAUCUAGCCGAGAUGUCAAUGACUAUUGUUUGCUGGUGCGGGCCAUCGCUCCGCCCCUCAUGUUUGUCGUAAACCUGGCGCCUGGCUACAAUAAACCCAAGAUGAGAGUGGCCAGGGCUCGCCUCCUCCUCGAAGGCGAUCAAUCGGAUCUCAGGCAACUACUGCAAGCGUUCUCUUACGUCGACGCGCGCGAGAACGACGCGGCCGAGCGGCUCCACCACGCGCAUCCCCGCCUCGCUUUUCUGAACCAUGUCGCUGAGCCCAAAGCACACGACACCGUUCUCAGUGACAGACAUUCUCAGCCCCAUAGAAGAGACGUACAAGAAGUUUAGUGGUAUGGAGGGCUCUGGGAACCUGGCAUCUCCGUUGGGAGCCUACCGGCAACCUCAGGUGUCCCAGACUGGCAUGCAGCAACACUCGAUGGGCCACAACGCCACGGUGGCCAGUACUUACCACAUGCCCCACACCGUCUCCCAGUUCUCCCACAGCGCAAUGAGCGGCUACUGCAACGGAAGCAUUGCCAACAUGGGCGAUCUGCCCUCUUACCAAGACACUAUGAGAAGCAGUGCGGCGGCAACAGGGUGGUACGGCGCCAACCCCGACCCAAGAUAUUCAACAAUUUCUAGAUUCAUGGGACCUUCCACAGGUAUGAACAUGAGCGGAAUGGGAACGCUGAGCGGGAUGGCGGACGCCACCAAAGCCAUGACCCCGCUGCACGCAGCGCCCAGGCGGAAGCGACGUGUCCUUUUCUCUCAAGCCCAAGUCUACGAGCUCGAGCGAAGGUUUAAACAACAGAAGUACCUUUCAGCACCCGAACGGGAGCACCUGGCCAGCAUGAUCCACCUGACUCCCACUCAAGUGAAAAUCUGGUUUCAGAACCACCGCUACAAGAUGAAACGGCAGGCCAAGGACAAGGCGGCGCAGCAGAUGCAGCAAGAGAGCAACAUGUGCCAACAGCAGCAGUCGCCCAGGCGGGUGGCUGUACCCGUGCUAGUCAAGGACGGAAAGCCGUGCCAGAACGGCUCCAACACUCCGACACCCAGCCAACAGCAACUGCAGCAGCAGCAACAUCAGCAACAGCAGAAUAGCUCUGGGGUCGUGCUUCCUGCCACAAGUAACUCUAUAAAUCAACACCAGAGUCAGCAGGUGGGAGCCUUAGUACAGGCCCAAGACCUAGAGGAAAUGUCACCCAGUCCUCCAUCUCUCCACUCUUCACUAAACAGCAUGGGACAGAUAGACACGUCUGUAGAUUACACUAGCAACAUGGUCACAUCAAACCUGCUUUAUGGCAGGACGUGGUAGGACUGAUUCAUCAUCAUUUUAUCCUUUUUUAUAUAUAUACAAACUCUAACUCUGAAGUGAAAACGAGGCCAAAAUAGACAUCGGUGUGGGAAAGUGGAGUGUGUACGGAUAAAACAAGGCUUUGGGUCAAGCCACCUUUUCUUUAUCCAGGGCAUAUUUUUUUCCACAUUAAACACUUCUGCCAUUGAAGGACAAGAUGUCAUUUAUAGCCUUACUCUGUGUGUUUUGGACUCCCCUUUAUUAUCGUAGUAGAAGGUACCCGUUGUUGAACAAGGUCGCCGCUCUCAGCAGUGGUACACAAACAGAAAACGGGAUGCCUGGGUGUCAGGUACAAACUUUUGAUCUAUAGAAGAUCUUCGAGUGACUUGAUCUUACAACGAACCUCCCGCGAUGAACAAUUGAAUUUAUUCUGAUAUGACUAUUGUAAGCUAAUGUAUCCUUUUAGAUUAAUGAAAAGUAGGGAUUGUAUAUUUGGCUAACACUUAAUUUUCUGUUUACCUGUAAUAUAAAUGACAAUUUUUUGGUGGUUUAUUUUAUUUCCUUUUUUGUAAGUUAAGACAAACACAUACACUAUGGCUGCUGUAUAUGUUUCACACCAAUUGAACGUUGACAAUAAAUCGAUUGAAGUACAAGUCAUUCUCCGGGAAUUAAUUUGGAGUGAGUUGCAUUUAGGCCCGUGGUACCACUGAGCAUCAAUAGAACGGAAAAU